AGUCGGUGCUGCUUUGUGGUUUGCUCUCCAGGUUCGUGUUCGGUCUCCAGCCUCGACCUGAUAGGAAAGUCAGUGUACAUGUUGCUAGGCAACCGGAGGCCAUCCGAACGACGGUGUUUUCACGCGAAUUCCGCUCAUACAAGGACAAAACUACCUAAAAGUGCGUCAGUUUGCAUCUAAUGCUAGCUAGCUACUUCUAAAGUCGACUAUUAGUUUGUGAUUAGUGCACACUGACAAUGCCGUUCAGCGCCGAGGCCAUUAAGCCGCCCCUUCAUGACCAAAUAACAGAACUGCAGAGGAAAAUUCAACUUCUUGAGGGCGACAGAAGUGCAUACUAUGAAAUGUCUCAGUCAAGCAUCAAGAAAAACAGGAAUUCUAUCCUUCAGCUGAGGCAGGAGAACAAGAGACUACACAAGAAGUUGGCUGACGCUCUUGCUGGGGACGAGCAGGUGAUAAAGGAGGCCUUCCAAAGCCGAGGCAUGGAGAAAGCUGCCUUCAGAAACAUGUCAGGGAAGGCUGCUCUCAAGGUGCUGGACCAGAAGGUGUGUGACAAGAUGAAGAAGCUGAACGCUCUAAAGCACACCACCCAGACGUACCGUCGUCGCCUGGAGGACCUACAGACACUGUACCAGAGUAUGAAGCUAGAGAACAGGGGACCAGAGAGAGACACGGAGAGACGCAGCGAGGAGGCCAAGAGUGAAGGAGAGGCGGCUGAGGAGCAUCCCCAAAAGAACUUGCGGGUGCUGGAGAAUCGUCUGGAGAAAGCCCAGCUGAAGUGUCAGGAGGCUGAACACAUCAUGAGAGGCUAUCUGAAACUAAAGGCCCACCUACAGGAGGAGAGCCUGACCUUCCAGUCCCAGCUGGAUAAACUAGAGGCUGAGAUCCUGAGACAGAGACAGGAGCUGAAGGACCUGCAGGUCCUGAACAGUGACGCACUCCUCUCCAAAGACACUGCCAAGGCAGAGCUGCAGCGUCAAGAAGAAGAGAUGUAUAGGGAGAGGAAGGACAGAGAGUGUAUCCUCACCCGUUACAAGAAAGAGGCAGAGGACCGUAAGGCUCAGGCUGAGAGGGUGGAGAGAAGGGCCCAGCGGGCAGCCAUGCAGCCUGACGAGCUGAGUAGCGACGCCCAGCGCAGUGCCACCGGGCUGGGGGAGGAGGAGAGGACCAUCUCCACCUUUGAAGAGGCCUUCAGACGCAUCAAGGAGGCCACGGGGGUCACUGACACACGGGAGGUGGUGGAGAGGUUCAUCUCCCAGGGAGACACCCAGCAGCACCUGGAGGAUCUGAAGAAGGAGAACCAGAGAACCCUGCUACAGCUGAAGGAGGACAGGGACCGUCUGCAGGAACACUUCCAGGACAUCAAGUACUCCGGGGAGACCAAGCUCUCCAGUGGUCAGCAGAUGCUGGAGGACUGUAAGCGCCACCUGCAGGCGGAGCAGGGGAGCCGCGACGCCGCCAAGGAGCGUCUGGACUGGCUGACCCGUACCCUGAACACGGUCCGGGCCGGGGUGGAACACCUAUCUGACAAACUGCAGCACAUCAAGCUGGGUGACCGACUGGAGCCCCAGCUGCCCCCCGGCUCAGAGGAGUACGUGGUGGAACUGCUGUCCCAGUCAGAGCAGAAGCUGCUGUUAUUGCAGGAGGAGCUCCAGGGGAAGGACCUGGCCGCCGUCAUGAAGGAGAUGGAGGAAGAGGAGUUCCAUGCCAGCAUCGAGGGGAAGCUGCCCCAUUGCAACACCCGCAUCAAGCUGCCUGAGGCUCAGAAACAGGACCCAUAUGAUGAAGAGGAGGAGAGCGGGGACGAUGAGGGUGACAUUAUCACCAGGGCGAUACUGAAGCACCAGUCUCAGCUCAUCAUCGACUCCAAGACUAAGAGGAAGACCAGGACCAAGAAGAAAAAGGGCAAGCUCUGAUCCUAGAUCAGUUAGGCUGGCUAGAGGUCACAAGAGCCAUAGAAAUAUAAUUGCUAGAAUGGGGAGUUUGUGUUUAGUGUGAGGUCAUAGGUCAUAUUUGUGCCCUGGAUUGAGUGAAAAUACUUUUGCUUAGAUGGCAUAUGGGACUUGAGUGAAAUCUUACUCCUCACAUAUAAUUAUUCAGUUAGCUAAAUAAUUAUAUUCCUUAUUAACUAAUGGAAUGCACAGUAAAUGUAUAUUGUAUAUUUGGGAUGAUACUGUAGCUAGGGGAACGUUGUGGUGGCAGAUCAUAUAGUACCUUGCAGUCAUCACAUUAGCUACUUUAUGAAUGCAAGACUUGAUUUUAUCACAAAGCAGUUCAACACAAAAUAAGUUCCCACUUGCACCACUGAUUUGUAGAUUAUAAAAUUGUAAUCAAAAUAGGAAUGAAAAUCAAUAAAAAGCUUGAUUUGAAGAAUUACUCAAUUACUCAAGGUAAGAUUGCUCUAAUGCAGGGGUGUCAAACACACAGCCCGUGGGAUGUUUUUUGUUGUUGUAUAAUAUAUAUAUUUUUGAAUCUGCAUUGAAAUGACUUAAAUAUUGAAACUGUGUAGGAAUCAGGGCUUGACAUGAACCUUUUUAGCCUUUGGACAUGUAGGACAGAUUUUUUACUUGUUUACCAAAGUCACUUGUCCCCCCCAAAAAAGGUCUGUAUCACAAUCCAAAAGGGUGAGUGAAAAUGAGUGAAGUACACAUAUCCGUGGGAAUUAGGGGUGUUGAGGGUGCAGCAUCACCCCCUAAUAAAUCACUUUAUUCAUAAAUUAGUGAUUAAAUUAGUGUACUAGGCCUUUAUUACUCCUCUUUGAUUACUGCUGUAUGAUUACUCCUGUAUGAUUACUCCUCUUUGAUUACUCCUGUAUGAUUACUGCUGUAUGAUUACCCCUCUUUGAUUACUCCUGUAUGAUUACUCCUCUUUGAUUACUCCUGUAUGAUUACUGCUGUAUGAUUACUCCUGUAUGAUUACUGCUGUAUGAUUACUGCUGUAUGAUUACUGCUGUAUGAUUACUCCUGUAUGAUUACUGCUGUAUGAUUACUGCUGUAUGACCCUGUGUGUGCGGAAGUGUGCAGAUGGAGCAGUGACACAGUCAAGGAUCAUCAUGGACUGCAGAGCAACUCUGCUCUCCUCACAACUGGAUAACUAUACACUGAUUCACAUCUAGGCUACUUACUAUAUGCCAGUAUGUGUUGUAGUUAGGUUUCACAUUGCUAGGAUAACAUGGAAAUAGGUCUAGGCCAACUAUGCAUUAUUUCUUUCAUACGCUUUCCUCAGCUGAAGCCUAAGUUUUCUUUUGACUCAUUAUAUUUGUCCAUCUUGGUAUUGCUCAAUUUCAGUUCUUGUGGCCUAAAAUAUAUGUAAUUCAAAAUAAAUAUAAGAAUGAGAAUAGCA